AUGUCCGACCAGGAGAACGGCACUCCCAGCGGUGGCCACCCCGAGGCCCCCGCCAACACCGAGCAUCUCAACAUCAAGGUGUCAGACAAUAACAACGAGGUCUUCUUCAAGAUCAAGCGGUCCACGAAACUUGAGAAGCUCAUGACCGCCUUCUGCGAGCGCCAGGGAAAAUCUAUCAGCUCUGUCCGGUUCUUGUUUGAAGGCCAGCGUGUGCAACCCACUGACACACCUGAGGCGCUCGAGAUGGCCGACGGUGACCAGCUCGAUGUUCACCAGGAGCAGGUUGGCGGUAACUGA